AUGGAACAGCAAACCUUCCGCCGCCGCGGCCUAGGCCUCCAAGGCGUCGACGAACAACAAGUCUCACCAGGCUACGUCCUUUACUCCCCAUUGACAUCGAACACUGCGCACCUCGUCUCAACAACCGGCGAAGAAGUACACCGCUGGACCCUUCCGCACCGCGCCGGACGUCAUGCCCGCAUCCUCCCCGAUGGCUCCCUAGCCUACAAUGGCGUGCACCCCGAUGCUCCCAGAUUGUUUCCCAUGUGGGCGAAAUACCGUGGUGGGAUGAUGAUGCAGCUCGAUUUAAACGGCAAGCUCCUUCGCCAAUACUCCGAUCCCUAUGCGCACCAUGACCAGAACCACCUCGACGACGGAAGUAUCCUCUACGCUACCCUCGAGCCUCUCACCCCCGACGAGGCAUCGCGCGUGCAGGGUGGAAUCCCCGGCAGCGAGGCACCGGGCGGCAUUAUCUACGCCGACUGCAUUAAGCUCGUCCGGCCCUGGGCAACAUCCAAUAUCUCGUCAUCGGCCGAUUUCGAGGGCGAGGGAAAGGGUGGCGCAAAGCUACUCUGGUCGUGGCGGGCCAUUGAUCAUCUUGAUUCCGAAGCAUUUGCUGCGCACUCGCAUUAUCCGCGUGAGCACUGGCCGCUUAUCAAUAGCGUUGCAUUUGAUGGCGAUGGGAACAUCAUCGCUUCGUCGCGCAAUGCUUCGUCGGUCUUCACCAUUAGUCGGAAGACCGGCGAGGUGCUUUGGCAUCUCGCUGCUCCUACGGUCUCUCAGCAGCACUGUGCGCACCAGAUCACGCCAUCAGGCGACAUCCUCAUCCUGGACAAUGGAGUCUUCAGACCUGAGAUUUCAGUGCCUUUCUCACGAGCUAUCAUCGUUUCAAAGGAAAAGGAGGUGAAGUGGGAAUAUAAGGAUACAUCGACUGGAGGGUUGGGCUUCUUUACGCCCUUCAUGGGAUCAGCUCAAAGGCUCGGGAAUGGGAAUGUUUUGAUUUGUGAGGCUGCCACGGGACGAAUUUUCGAGGUUACUGAGGGUGGAACUCUUGUGUGGGAGUUUGUUGUGCCGCAAUUGCAGGACUAUAAGAUGGUUAUGGCGGCCGACGAGCUGGAGGAGAUGGAGAGGAUUGGAUUCUCCAACCAGAGUAAUGCGGUUUUCAGGGCUUAUAAGUAUACUCCGGAGGAGAUUCCGUGGCUGAAGCGGUGA